AAAAAAGGCACGUGGUCGGAGGAUGCCGGAGGAUAGGCGCAUGAUUUACGUUUCGGAGAGCGGGCCGUGGAAUUGGAGGGUUAUACAGCCAGAACCAUUUGACCCAGAAGUGAAAUCGCGGUUUCACACUUACGCUCUGGUUGCCUGUGCACCCUCCGCUCAACGCCCACUCUGGUCCUCGCCGUUCUCCUCGACGCCGACGCUAACUUGACUGGCGCACUCCCGUCAAAUAGCCCCCGAUCUUACGGGAGGCCUCGUCGAUUCUCUCAAAGAUUCACCCCUUGUACGUCUCAGAGACGUCUUGUACCAGACGUGUUCGCCUCUCUGACGUCUCGUGGUCAACGACUCCGAAAAUUGAUCACUCGUGUACGCUACUAUAUAAGAUAUUCUACGCCUCUUGGAGCCCCUCCGCGUACUUGCUACGAUUAUGAUUGAUUUCCCUCAUCCGAUUCUCUGUGUUGCUUCAGAUGUGGUCAAAGAGCUUGAUGGUGAAGAUGCCGUGUUAGGGCUUUGGACCCGUAUGUUCUUCAAACAAGCUUUCUUGCCGCCACUCAUCUUUCAUUUUUAUACAGUCUUCACAAAGUGUAAGGCAUCGCUGACUGAUGGCCAACGUCUGGAAAAUAUCUCCUGGCGAUUGUGGUAUCGCGAGAUGGCCUGUCACGGCGCUUCCCCGCAUUCAUCAGGGUCAGUGUCUCCAGCAGACUCUGAAUUUCGCAGUUCGUCGCCUAUUACGCCCGUGUCCGAAGACGGCCCCACCACGUCGUGUCGAGGUAUGCUUCGAUUCUGCCUCAUCCCGUGUUUUUCUCUUAUUUUGUGUAUGUCACUAGGUGUUGCAUCAAGGGAGUCGUCACUAAUGGUCGACGAUAUCCCGACCGCUCGCUCGUGGCAUGGCGAAAAUCUUUCGCCUUCAGCGAUGAACGUUACCCGACGACUAAGCACAGCCAGUAUGCCAGCUCGUCCGAAUACGAAACCUGGCGCGCCACCCCGUGCAGGGAAGUUGAUUGUUGGCAUACUUCCGGACAAGCUCAUUAUCCCUCAUCGCAUGCCUCCGUCAUCCCAGCCUAAGUCGGAAUCAGGCACGAACGUUCCUAAUCCCACGGUCGUAAAUACGCCUCAAGGCCCCAUUGCUCAACCUCGACCUGUCUUACCAGCUGUGCAAUUACCGGCUACAACUCCGCCUUCAGCAUCCGGAAGUGCUGGUCUAUUUCCUCGCGUUGUUGUAGUACAUCCCACACCCCAUCCGACGCCACCGGCUACCCCACAGCCCACACAGUCCGUCACGGCCAUCCCCGUUGUUCCUGCGCCUACCCAUCUUCUUCUGCCCCCCGUCCAACGUUCAGCGUUCACUGCUAAUCAGCCCCCGGAGCAAUCACCUUCGAUACCUCCGGAGCCUAAGUCAAAUGCCACUCCAACAACUUCUGACCGCCCAAAGCCGAAAGAAGAUGUUUUUGCUACCAUAAAGCCAUCUGACCGACGGUUCUACCUCCAGCACUCUGAGUCGCCGGAUAGGCAAUCCACGGGAUCUCAUAUUCCCGAGGGCAAUGACGGUCACACAGAUGCUGAUGUACUCGAACCAUCUCCCAGCAGCGGAACAUCGAGCCACGUCAAGUCUGACGGGAUCAUGGCUGCCGGCGUGAAACGCGCUUUAGGAAAGGCACAUGCGCGUAGGAGCAAAGAGGCUGUUCGGCAUAUCCCUGCUCGACCCAUCGCUUCACGACUCCAGGCACAGCGGGCUCAAGCUGCACAACGGCGCACAAAUGAAGUAAAACGAACGACCACAUUCAAUAUUGGUUCAGCUUCUUCGAACGGGUCGAAGCAUGCGAGUUCCCUUGGUGGAGGUCAGAAAUCACAUGCCGCACAGCCCGAUCAAGACGUUCCUAGACCUCGUCCACCAAGCCCACUCAAGAAUGGCAACGCACAUAUGGUUGGUCGUGCAGGUGGAAGCAAUCCUAUCGUUCCUCCAGCGCCGGCUCCGACCGCGGCGAAUCGUCGGGGACUUGUCAUGAACACGUCGUCCGAGUACGAAACGACGAGCGAGGACGAAGAUGAUUCAGAGUGGGCUUCGGAUAACGAUAGUCCGGACGAGCAGGAAAUUGCACGAAAGCGUGAGGAGAGCCGGUUGCGAGAAGCAGCCGAGGAGGCCCAACGACAACGCGACAUGUUUGCCAAGGUCCCCAAACGGUCGUAUUCCAACCUGAACAGGACUCGUUCCGGUCUUCUUUCUCAGCUCCUCAAUCCCGAUCCUAACCUUUUCCCGCCCAAUCAUCCUUAUCGCACCAGUUACUCAUCGCAGGACGUAACCCAACUCGGAAAGUCGGGUCGACCUUCGGCCCCCGCUAUCUCCACCAGCAAGAGCACCGUUGCGGUUCCUCUUGCCAACGUGGUCAAUGCUCAAGUUCCACCUACGAGCGGCGGUGGUCCUCAUGACACAAGAGGCUACAGGCCCAAGGGUCGUCCCGAAGAAGCGGAGUUAGAAGACGAUAGUGAUAGCGAUGAGGAGAACCCGGAAAAUGCUAUACAGGUGUCGCGAAGUCUGGCGCAGCAGAAGUUAGCUGCAUUGGCUGAUCCCAAUCGUCGACGAAAUUCCGACCGUGGUCCCCCUCCUCCAGAGCCACCCGUCCGGCCAAACCUCACCACUGUACACACAGCGCCCAUACCUCUAGGUCAUCCUUACAACCUUCCUGCUCCUGCUCCUCCCAUGACCCCCCGGACCACCCGACGACAAAUGCUUUCGACUGAAUUAUCCGAGAGUUUGCGACGCAACUUACUCUGGGAGCGUCAGGUCAGCAAGAUAAAUAUGACCGGUGGUGCUCGCAGGGGCGGGUUGCUCGGCAGUGGGUUGCGUCCACUUACUGCAGUCAAUAAUGCUCAGCCCACUGCGGGUGGGUCGGGAAAUCCCAACGACAGGUCUUCGAGCAGAAACGAGGGAGAAGAACGCAGGCGGGCGGCUGCCAUAGCACGUAACCACAGUUGGGGCGACGACUACCACUACGCCGGGUGGUGAUAAUAGUGGUCUCCAAAUGGUGCUGACGUCCAUGCUCUUACUCCGGUCCAACAAACAAAUCAUGUCGCUAUCGAUGCUUUCCAUCGUUCUCAUUUUUUUUCGUUUUCGUUUUCGUUAUUUGCUGUACUAUUUGGUAUGUGCGUGCUGUCGUACAGACGUCUCCUUUCCGGAUUUCGGUCUCUCACUCCUUUUUGCUACGGCCCCCCUCACACUCACUCGAACUGCUGUCUCCUUUCUCUCUAUCCCUAUCCUCGUGCAUGAUCACUCUCAUCAUAGUCAACCACCCUCACGGUCUCGAAUCACAUCCAAGGAUUGUUCUCGCGGGUUUAAUUGUUUUCCUUUUUUCUCUCAUACUACCAUGUCACUGCAUAUCCCCAGGUCGACAUCAUGCACGACGUCGACUUGUGGGUGUCAUUCCCUAUCGCUCACCAAUCCUCAUCUCGGUCAAUUUUCUGUGUGUAAAAUUUGUUGCCUUUCUUGUUGAUGCUAAGCAUCCUGUGCCAUAUAAUGUGUAGUAGUAUUCGUAGGUAUAAGUUACUAGUGGGGAUCGCAAUUUAUUUACGGUCUAUCGUACUUUGUUGACAUUGAACGAAUCGGGCCAUUCGCCUUUUUUCUUCUC